AUGCCGCGACUUUCCGAGAUUUAUUACUCGCGCGAGGAGUGCAUCUCCGCAGUCCGAGGGUACUACAACUUCUUGACCAACAUGUACCUCGACGAACCGGACGUCAUUGAACCCCCUGCAGAGGGAUGGCCGGAUAUUACGACCUCAACCAUGCAAGGCCUGGGCAAGACAGACGAAGUGAUCUCACUACUCCGCCGUCUACCAUACAUACGAGAGCCGGACAACGACAUGGACUGGGCUCAGUCAGCAGGGUAUUCCUAUUUUGCCGAUUGGCAGGAUAUCGGCCGUCUCUUGAGCCGCGACCCGUCGCAAGCAGAACCCCGGAAGGUGGCUUCCGAAAGCGCGUCUCUGUUUGAAGUCAUUCCUCCUCACGUCAUCGGUCUCACGCAUCGCUCACGGGAGGUCUUUUUACUUGAUACGGAGCUCGGCAUUGUCCUAUGGUACGAAUGCCCCGGGGAAAUUAGGCACAGCCCUUCCCGAGAGAGGGUUGAGGAUGACCCAUACGAUUACGAAGAGGACGAGGCCCAAGCUGAAUGGCGUGGAGAGUGCACCGCAUGGGCCGUGUCGGGUUUCUUUGAGAUGCUCAAGGACCAGUUCCGCGAGCUUCAGUUCAUUCCACUUAACCAUCGGGUAGUUGUGGAUGUCUAUACUAGGCUUUGGCCUGGAUCUGCUGGGAUGAGAGAAUUGGUACAGAGUGUCUAUAAGGAGCAUGGUUGGCCGGACACGGGCAGAUAUCGCAAGGAGGAUUGUCUAAAAGCGAUACAAAAGGCCCUAGAGGAACACUAUCCCGAUGAUGCAAGUAUAUAG